AUGGUGUCCAUCAAUGUCGACAAGGUAGCGGAGAAGCCUUGCGACCUUUGCAUGGACCUCAUCAACUCCGUCGCACCCUCAACCAUUUUGGAGGAGAACCGGAAUUGUACUUGGCACCGAAACACUAGAGAAAUAUUCGAGUCCGCGGCAUCAUGCCGGUCUUGCGCAGCGAUCUUGGAGAUUUUACUUGAAUCCACGAUCUUGGAGGCCAGUGAACGGUUUUCGGACAUUACGAGAGAAAGCUCUAUGCCAGUGUUGGUGAAAACAUCGAGCUUGAAUGUCAUCGAUAAUGUUGGCUGGGCGUCCCUCAAUCUGGCCCUUGAGAUCAACCAGCACAACUUCGAAUACCACGUUGAUGGAAACAUCGGAGUAUCCGUCGAACAUGUUUCUUCAACCAAUGAUCAUCGACACCCUCGUUUUUGGAUCUCGGGCAAGACGCACGAAGUGGAAACUCUCACCGAGGACAGAAUUUUAUGCGCCAAAGCAUGGCUCGAUUCCUGUGAAACCUCUCACGGUAACGAGUGCCGUCCAACCAAGAGACGUUUGCCAAAACGACUCCUUGACACAAGGCCUGGAUACCCCCUGCGGCUCUUAGCCAGUAAAGAUAUCGAGAGACACGAGGAAUGGGUACGCUACGCAACUUUGAGCUAUAGUUGGGGCGCCUCGCUCCCUUUCAAGACCACGAUGGCCAACGAAAAGCAACAUAUGGGCGGGAUACGCGAGGAUCUUCUCCCUAGGACUUUUCGGCAUGCCAUCAAACUGGUUCGCUCGCUAGAAAUUCCGUAUCUGUGGAUCGACUCCCUCUGCAUCGUCCAAGACGACCCUUUGGAAUGGCAGUCUGAAGCGUCGUACAUGGAAGACUAUUACUCUGGCAGUACAUUAACCAUAGCGGCAACGGAUGCGUUGGAUAGCAACGGGGGCUGCUUUCCGGAAGACGAUGACGGCAUCGAGUUUGGUCCGGCGUCAUGUAUAAAUGAUCGCUCAAAGAUCCCGUUCCAAUCCGAGUCGACAUCCAAAGAGAGACAACAACACCCGUCAUACCCAAACGCUCAGGUUUUCUCUUACACUUGCCAGACCGGCGACACGAAAACAGUUAGCAACAUCAUGCGUUACGGCCCGGUUCGAGCGUCUGACGUGGGACACUCCAAAGCUCAUUUCACCAGUUUGUGGCCUGAGUGGGUCGAGGACUACUCCAGACGAGACUUCACAAUCCCGUCGGACAGAUCACGAGCAUUUGCUGGCAUCAGCAGCUAUUACCAAAGCAAUUUGAUUCAAGAGCCGAUCUUGGGUCUUACUCCCGACUCCUUCGCCAGAGAUCUCUCUUGGGCCAGAGCUGGGCCGAACAGAGGCCCAGGAAUAUCUGGUGCCCCUUCUUGGACUUGGUUCUCGUGCCAUGCUCCCAUUUGGGUCGACCACUGGGGCUUUGGAGAUGGAGACGAAACCCAGACCAAAGACUGGACUUCUCUUGUCUCCUUUCGCAUCAACUGGAAAGGAAGCAAAAUGACUUCAGACAUUGAGUCCUGCACGCUAAUCGUCCGAGGUCCGAUGAAAGAGUUCGCGCUCUGCAUGGCUUCCGAGUCGAAAAGAUACAAUCCACCUUAUUUGCUGGUGGAUGACCAGCAGACCGACUUCUCGGAGAGCCGUGUCCCGUGGGACUGUUCCGGGCAAUUCGAUCGGGAUGACUACCCCAGAUGUGUCAAAACUACGUACGUCUGCUUGCUCUUGCGAUCAAAGACUAUCGGGCAAGGAGACAGAAACCGUGAGAUCUUUUUGAUUCUUCAGCGGGAAGCUGCUUCUCAAGCAGUAGACGGCACGAACUACCCAGUGUUCCGGCGAAUCGGGAUAGCAUCAAUGAGAGGAACCGAGAGGAGGUUUGUGCAUGGUGCUGAGGAAGCGACAAUCAUCCUUAAUUGA